AUGUAUUUUAUUAGAGCUUUAACAGUACCAAGAAUGGAUAAAUGGUUAUGUGUCUGUUCCUAUCUACAUAAAAAUAUUGUUCAUGGACGAACUCCAUGGUCAGAUAAUAGAUUUGUCUUCAACAAUCAAUUGCUUCGUUGUAAUAAGAUUAUUAUGAGUGAAGAUUAUGAUCGAAUGAACGAUGAAUUUCUUUCUUUUUCACCACUCUUAAUUCCUUGGCAUCACGUUACAUCACUUAGUAUUGCUGAACCAUUCAAUCGAAAUCAUCUUCAUCUUCUCUUUUCGCAAGCGACGAAUCUACGUACUCUAGAACUGCAUUAUAGAUUAUAA